CUUCCUUCAACUUUUAAUUACACUAAUGGUUCAAACUUAAUUCAUUAAGCACGUAUUAUCUCAAAAUUAUAUUACAUUUGAACACAGCACAGUCCUAUUUUCUCACAGAUCCUUACCACCCUCCUUUUUCUCUGUGUGUGUGUGAUGCCUCGGUUAUCUUCAUUUUAGCCUUGAAAUGCUCAGCUGCAACUCCCUGUGGGCGUGAUUUUCACAUCAUUGUCCAGUGUAUAAUCUUCUGAAUAUGCAAAUGCAGGGUUCUUACACCAAGCCCAUCUUCCUGCGCUUCGGUGUUCAGACUUUGAAUGCAUCAUGUUCAUCUGUCUGUCCCCUUCGUACAAAUUGUCUGUGCUGUUUGUACGAAGUAAAACUUCCACAAAUAGAUAAGUAUCUGUCUCUGAGUCAUUAAUUCGUUUCUGUGUGCAGGGAACUGUGGGUAUGAACCUUAAACCUUUCUUUUUACAGUCCUAUUUAGAAAAAACAAUUUCCUCACGUUUAAGAUCCGAUUAGAUUCAUACAUUUGCUAAAACUUUCAAAACAGAUGAAAAGCAUUAGUCAGCACAAACUAUCUCCAGCUUUAAAUACUUUUUUUCUUUACGCAACCUCACAGUAUGGUGAAGUCACUUUUUUUGUCAUGCGAGUUAUAUAUUUUUACCUCAAAGGACUUAAUCAAUCCAAAGGUUUGAAUUUUUAUUGGGGGAGUCGAUAGGAAAUGAAACUGCAACUUUAAGAAUUUCUAAAAUGGCUUCAAAAUCACGAAUAGAAUGUAGGAGGCAGGUCAAACCGUAUUACUUUGUACACACUGCAGAGGGCAGCACUCACAUUUGUGAAAAGAUGAAACUAUACUCUGUAUAUGUAGGAACAUAAUGUGUAUUUAAACAUGUUGAAUUACAGAAAUAUACAGCCUAUUUGUCUAAAUUUAGGGGGGGGGGGUAAAUGUGAUCCUUCAAUUUUUCUUGUCACCUACAGAAAUGCAAGGACUGACCUUUUUUCACAUUCUUCCUGAAGUAUUGAGCAUUUUACAGUAAGUGUAAUCAGAUUGUUGUUACAUAAUUAACAUAUUUUAAAAUUUUGCCUUUUGUUCUCUUUAGAAACAUCUAAAAAAAAUAAAGAAACUCUUCAGAGAUGGAGUGGCACAAACUACCUUAUAAGAGCUGGACUGAAUCUGAAGUGGGAUCCUGGCUAAAAUCCAUCGGCAUCAAAGAAGUAUACAUCGCAAAAAUGGUUGAGGAGGAGGUGACCGGACCAGUUCUAUCAACAAUACAAAGAGAGUAUCUCAACAAUAUCAUUGGAAUGAAAAGUGCACAAAUUGAACAUCUAUUACAAAAAAGAGAUGAACUUUUAAAAACAAAUCAGCCUGAUAAAAAGAAAUUAGCUGAUUCCAAAGAUAAGAGAAGAGAAAAAGAAGUUUUAGUUGCACCAAGUGAGCACACCAUACAGGAAAUGAAAGAGAAAGCAGAUCAAGAAGUUAUUCCUGAUAUGUCCAGUAAUGACUUGAACUCUGAAGUUACAUUCUGUGAAUAUCGUAAAUUUGACCAAGAUGACAAAGACUGCAGGUACGUAAAGCAUCACUUGCUUCCUCCAGAGACUGGAACUGAAGAUUUGAUUAUUCCAUGUCAUGAAUAUAAGUCACUGGAGAUUGCACACAAACUUGACUCAGAAAGACUUAAAAGUAAGGUGGCAAAUGAAGUUUUGCGUUUUGCAUGUGGAUGCAUGAACAUGAGAACCAAUGGAACUAUUCAUUUUGGAAUUAUGGAUAAAAACAAAGGGCUUCACAAGCAUGGAGAAAUCAUAGGAAUACCUUUGAAGAACCGAGAAGAUUUUGUGGAUGCAUUGGAUUACAUUGAAAGAUGCUUUAAAGACUCAAAACAACAAAAAGAUGCUAGGGAUUGCAUAAGGAAUCCAAGAUUUGUUGAGGUUUGUGACAAAGAAAUUGUGGGGGAAACUAUGGUUGUUGAAUAUGAUGUUGUCCCAAAAGCAAGUAUUGUAAAGAACAAACUUUACUCUGUGGGUCUCCCAAAUUUCUAUGAGAAAGAGGGCAAAGUCAAAUGUGAGAAGAAAGUGCCCUAUUGCAGAGUGGGAGCAAACACACCACAGAUAGCAGAAGAAGAUCUAGUUUGUUUUAUUCAAGGAUUGAUUGAAAAAGAUCAACAGAGAGAAGAAGCAGAAUCCUUCAGAACUGAAUCCUCUCUAGACUUCCAGGAGAAUCAAAAACGAAAGCUUUCAGUCCUCCUAACAGGAGGAAAAACAAAAAUGGACAACUCUAUGUUUUACAUAGUUGUGACAAGUCAAAUGCAACCUGAGCAUCUCAACAAUAUAACCUUCUUGGUCAACAUGAAACUAUUUUGCGUGUUGGAUUUUGACCCAAAUUCUGAAAUCUCUGGUCUUUAUGGUAGCUAUAAAGAGCAGAAGGCUGUAACUCCUCACUUUCUUCAUGACUAUGAGAAUGUCAAAAGACUAGAUAACGCUGCUUUCAUUGAGAAUCUGAAGCUGUUUGACCGAGUCAGUUGGAUUUUUCUUGCAAUGGACGACACAACUUUCCAAGCGGGGAAGAAACAGUUGAUGAAAAAACCUGGAUCAAGACAAGAAAAAAGCAAAUGAAAAAAGCAGUGACUUUUAUCUGCAAUGAAGUCCUCCCAAGGAGUUGCUUUGUGGUCCUCUUUCUCCUCACAUCUGAAGUUAAGCAACCUGUUGUUGAAGCGUUUCAUGAGUUCUAUGCAGAAAUGAAUGGACAUGACUGCUUGACAGUCAUAGCAGAGACAAAAGAAAUCUACAAAAAGUGGUCAAGUCUUGCGCAAGUGUCUUGUGCAAAGUCUUCACUCGAUGAAAUCAGCAUCGUUGAUAUGCCACUGAGUCAUGUGGAUGCAACGGUUCAAAGCAUUCAGCUAUCAAAGAAUCAGCCUGCAAGGAAAUUGCCUGUCUCAAACAGAGGUCUGUGCUUCCUGAAAUCUGUGGAAAAGGCAAUGCUGGAUUCUCUGGAAAUCAUCAGCGUUGACCAGUGUGAUGAUGCAAAUCUGGAGGUUAUGAGCAAUGACGACGUUCAAAAAAUUGAACUGUACUUCUAUCGAGGUGGAAAUAUAGACUGGAUUAACUUCUGGCUGGCUAACAAGAAUAAAUGCGGAGCCAUCAUUGAGCGAGACGCGUACAAAGAAGCAAAUGAAAUACUGAGCGAAGUAGUUUCUCGCAAAAUGGCAAUCCGCCCCACAGAGUCUGUGAACAUAUACCAUAACCCUGGCAGUGGUGGAAGUACAGUGGCGCGACAGAUUCUCUGGAACUGGAGGACAAAACUACGAUGUGCCAUUGUAAAACAGGGCAAAGAAGUAACAACAGUGUGCGAACAUAUGGUAAAACUGAGGGAACACGAGGAGAUUGACAAGAACAAGUGUCUCCCAGUGCUUGUUCUGUUGGAGGACCAAAAUCUAGAGUAUGUUGAUGAUCUGAGACGUCUUCUCACAAACGUCAUUACUACCAAAAAGAUAAAUCCCUCUUUACUGUGUUUCAUUCUGCUGAUCUGCAACAGAUCAAAUGAUCCAGAGAAAAUGCGAAGAGCACUGGCAUCUCAAACCAUAGCAGUCACAUACAAACUGUCGGAUGAGGAAAAGCCUUUGUUUGAAAAAAAGUUGGUGUACCUUAAGCAGAAGUUUGGAGAUAGGGAGUCAAAGAUCAAGAGCAAAACUGUUAUUCCAAAGGGGAAAUCACAGGUAUCGGUUGCAACACAAUCGCUGUCUCAGUUCGAGCCAGAGUUGAAGUUUAUCUUGACAUUUGUUCUCAUGUCUAAUGAGUUUCAGUCGAGCUACAUUGAGAAUGUUGUCAAAAAUAUUCUGGCUAAAAUUGAUCAUUCCUCCCAGGAUACUUGGCUCAUCAGAUUUGUGGCUCUCCUGAACACCUACGUCAUUGAUUCCUCCAUCUCUGUGUCGCACUGCGAGGCAUUCCUUGGCCUUGCUUGCUGUCAUAAUGAAGCUCGUUUUUACGCACUGGAAGAUAGACUCAGUGAAGAGGCAAAGCUGAUUUUCAUCCACCUAAGAGAAACUUCUACACACAUCCAAUCCUUUCGGAUCAUCAAUUCACUAGUAGCAAAGGAAAUACUGACUCAGCUCUCAGUAAACUUGCCACAAAGUGAGAUUGCCAUGAAGCUCAUAAAUGAUGAAGUUCUCAUGAAUCACAGGUUUGGCAGAGACGAAUUUCUCAAAGUCAUCAGAACACUUUUCAUAAGGCGCUACAAAGUCAGCAGAGGAGAUCCAGAAAACACAACAUUUUCACCUCUCAUUGAACAUGUCACCACUGAAACUGGUGGUCUUCAAAGAGCUGUGGAUCUGAUGAAGGCUGCAUUUCUGGCCUUGGGAAAAGAUUCCUUUGUUGCACAACAACUUGCUCGGCUUCUUUACAAAAGUCUCAGAUUUGAAGAAGCCGAACAGUGGGCAGAGGAGGCAAAAUCUCUUUCUCCUAAUGACACAUUUGUGUUGAAAACACUGGGACAGGUUUACAAAUGGUGGUUUAACCACUUGUGUGAUACCCUGGAAGAGAAAGAGCCAUCGCCUGAAAGAGUGGUUGAAAUCAUUGCCAUUGCACUCAAAGCAAUUACUGCCUUUCGUGACUCUGAGAAAACCCAAAGGAAAGAAACUGUUAGCCUUAAUAAUUCUUACUACGGGGAAGUCGAUGUUGGCUGCAAGUUACUAAAAUUCCUGUCCAGUGUGACAAUUUUUUCAAACACUAAUGGGAAUUCUGAGUUUUUGCAGUACUUGCUAACAGAGUACAUACCAGCUGAAGUCAAAACACCUUGGAAAAACUUUCAUCACCAGCUGAAAAGCUUACAAAAGAACUUGCACCAGGCACUUGAGUGCCUUUCUUUAGACCUGAGCUAUUUUCAAACAGACAUCAAUGAGGAGGAAGAAGAGCUUGAUGCAAGAGAUCCAGAACAAGUAUACAAGCCACGAGAAUGGUUAACAAGAAUGAGUGUUGUCUAUGCUGGAUUCUUUUGCUGCAUACCCGAAGAGAAUGAAGAAACGAAUGAAAGCAACGGCAACAAAGCUGAACCUCCAGCUGAAAAACUUUCUCCAUUUCAGAGACAGUGGUUGACGUACAAGUUUGGUGGAGGAAACGUUAUCGCUAUUCUGUCAUUAUUCUACGACAAAAAAGCAGAAAGAGCCGGAAAACAACUUGAAAAAAUAAUGGCCUUGUAUCCAGAAAACCUCACAUUGCAGAAACUCGAUAAAACAGAGCUCACAAACUUCCUUUUCUGCCAGAUAGCUCUGAACUGCAUUCAGCCGGGUUCAAUAAAGAUAUUGCCAAUUGAAAAACUCAAAGACCUUAGCAAAAGAUUUAGGACAAAAGGGAACGAGAUGUCACCAGCAAGUUCCCUCUUCCUUCUCUCUCUUCUGUUUUGGCCUGAAGACAGCAGUGAGCUCAGUUCUGCUGAUGAACAGAUACUUCUAUCCGCUAUUGACACCCUGCAAAAACUCUGCGAGCAAAAAACGCAGAAAAUGUCUCAGAGAAAAAGUAGAAUUGCAACUCAUUUCUUUUUGGGAAAGGCCAGAGGCCUCAACAAGAUUGUCCACAGAAGAGUUAUCGAAAAAGGAAUAAAAGGGAAUCUGAGUGAAAGAAAGCUAAAGUGGCUCGGUGGGGAAGUGUGGAAGACCAAAGAGGUUGUGCAACAAUUGAAACGGAUCGAAGGCUGGACAGAAAAUGAAAAUUUGUAUAUGAAAUGUGGAAAAAGUGACAAAAAAAUCCGGGUAAUUCCUCGCUACUCUGCCUCUCUGCCGUACGGAAAUGAAAGAGUCACAUUUUAUUUGGGUUUUUCAUUUGAAGGUGUGCUUGCUCAUGACGUCAAAAUAAAAGAAUAAUGCAAUCUUUAGAUAUAAACCUGCAAAACAUGUAACCUGUUAAGCUUCUUUAUAUAAAGAUAUUGUGUAAAGAAAGUACCUUUUUUUGUUUUCUUGCUUAUUUACCGAAGAUGAUGAAAUUUGUUUACUUGCUUGCCUUUAUUUUGAAAUUCAAAUGUUUUUCAAGUUUGUAUUUUGUUUCGAGCUGUUUUUUAAUGUUGUAUUUGAUUUUUUAAUAACACUGAGUUGUCAUGUUAAUUUUGCCUCACUGCAGUAAAUCUAUAUAUGUGAUGUUCUUUAAAUGCUACAGUUGCUUUGAAAUUAUUUGUUUUAGUGAGAUUUUCAUACAUGAUGUAGAAGUGUGGUUCCUUUUCAUAGAGCACUUGAGGAGAUGUUUUAUUUUUCUGAAAGAAGCCUUUAUUGAAAAAUGUGAGAAAAUGCACUUUUUGAAAAAUAUUCACUUAGGCUACAAACAGAUGUAUUUAGAUGAUUUAUUUUUUAUUUUAAAUCUGUUUUACACUGCAAUUUUUGCUGUUGAGAUUCAUGUACCUUUAACAUCUUAAAACCUUUUACACAUUUUUUUGACAUUUCUAAUAAAACUGAGAAGAAAAUCAAA